CCCAUUCAAAUUUUCAUGCAACCAAAGUGAAAGUAGGAAGAGUAUUUUUUGUCUUCACAGUGAUCUAUUUGUUUCUCAUUUAUUCCUUAAAAAAGAAACACAUACUAGGAUUUGAACCGUGGUCAUUUUUAAAAAAGAAACACAUACUAGGAUUUGAACCGUGGUCAUUUUCAAUAAUGACAAGAAUCUUAACCAAUCAAGCUACAUAUAUUAGAUGUACCAUUUUAAAUAAAAAACAUACAUGAAACUAACAUUAAAAAAUAACAGAACUUUUCAACGGUUAGCUAAGGUCACUAAAUCUUCGUUCGGUACUUAUUGGUAUUUUUAUACUUUAAUUUUUAUAUUUUAUUAUCUUAAUAAUACUUUGAUACUUAAUUUAAAUUUCUAUUUAUCUUAUAAUUUUCUAUCUAUCUUAUAAGGUCACUAAAGUUCUAUUUAUCAUUGGUUCAAUAUUACAUAUCGAAUUUGUAUAAGCGAUGUUGAACUCUUGCAUUAGUAUUACUUUAUAGAACUACCGUGAGACAAUUAUAUCCAUAUCUUGCUGCAAACAAUAUGGGGAUGAGUUCUUUGGACGUUUUAGCUAGGCUAACCGUUAACUUCUAAACAUCUACCUAAUAUGAUAGACAUGAUUGGAUUCAACAAUCAUUAAACGAGGUUGAGUUUAAUAAGUUGGUUUAUUUCCUCUUUUUUUAUGUAUUAAAUUGAAUUGUAGAGCAAAGACAUGUCUACAUAUACACUCUACACAAUAUAUACUAUUGGCAUAAUAAAAUUUGUCGUCUCAUUUCAAAUUUCAUACAAUGAGAGCAAAAGUAUGAAUGACAUUUUUGUCUUCGCCAUUAUUUAUCUUUAUUUUGUAUAGAAAAUAGACAAGUAUUGGGAUUUGAACUAAUGUAUCUUCAAACACAAACAACAAGAGUCAUGACCAUGAUUGUCAAUUCGAGUAUGACUCUACUGGUCAAACCAAUUCUACCUAAACCUGAGUAUCUCAGCGGGUGCCGAAGGCCCAGUUGGUUGUCUACUCGGGCUCGGUCAAAGUCGAGUUUAUCUAUCUCAACGGGAAAUCCGACCGAGUUAACCAACUGAUUCGAGCAACAGGCCACUUCAAAAUGAUGUUGUUUUCAACAAUUCAUAUAUGUAGCCAUGCUGUCAUAUCAUCACAGGCUAAAUUGAUAGGUGAUAUUUAGCAAUAUGAAACGAUUGAACCACAGUGAAAUAAUGACUUCAGUAUAAAAUACUUUACUAACAACUUUUUCUAUAUGAUUUUACAAUCCUUUGGUUCAAAUAAUUCUUUUAGACUGACGGAAACAAAAGUUUUAAGGCACAUUUUGAAUUAUCUAUUGCAAAAAGCAUAAGUCAGUUAGCGAUAAUGAGAAUAUGCGAUCUCAUGCAACCCAAAAGACAUUUUGCAACUUAUAUCUUUCUAAAAUAAAUGUAUGCUACUCAUACCGUUGCUCAUUCAUCAACUUAAUGAGUAACAUAUAUUUCAUGUAAUAUUAUUUUUAUACGUUUUUAUUUAUAGAAUUAUUUCAUGAAAAAAUAUUUGUUGCAUGAAAAUGACUACAUUGUUGCUAGGCGUGUCUGCGAUCUGAGAAUAAUUUGGGAAGUCCGUACAAAACACAUUGUCCAACUAACAGUUAGCGACAACAUGGCAUCAUGUCCUAUAUAUUUCAAAUCAAGCAACUUGAGAUUCAUUACCAACAGUGUGGUAAAGAACAUACUAAACUCUAUGAGACAUUUUCUUUCAUCCUAAAUAUUGAUUAUUUAUGUAUUAUGAGAAAUAACUCUAAUAUUCAACUAUAUGGUUUAAUUAAGUAAUGAAUGACAAUUAGUUAUAUUUAUUUUUUUCAUUCAAUAAUUAUAUGUAAUGAUUAUAUUAUAUUAUAUUUUUUUCUCUUUUCACGGAGGUCUAAACACAUUAUGCAUAGUUGGAUCACUUUCAAAAAUGUUAUGUGCAUAUAGAAAAUAAUCAUUUCAUUCAUUUCAAAUCAUCUGUUAACUCCAUUAUUAUAUACCAAAUUACUCGACAAAAUUCUUCUGGCCAGCGGGCCGGGUCAUGUGCUAGUUACUUAAUAACACCAAAACAUAUUUAUGGAACUAACUUUAAUUUCGGUCAACGGGACAGGUAAUAAGCUAGUAUUUUCAGUACUUCAUAUUCGAUAAUCAAUAUAAUUGAAAGGAAAAUCAAUAAACGCUUCAGGAAACAUUAACUUUUACACAACACAAACGACAAUUUGUAGCACAAAAUUAUAAGAUCAAAAUGAAUUUUAGGAACAAACUUAUGUGCUUGUCUAUAAAGUACAAGAUGACUUGGAUAGUGGUGACAUACAAAUGAGUUUGUUUAGUGUAAAUACUCAAGCAAUCUUGCAUGUCCAAACUAAUAUUGAAGCUCGAAAUAAAAUGAAUUGAAAAGAGAAAAAAGUCCAUUUGUCCUUAAAUGUACUACCACAGACAUUAAUAAUAGUUUGAACAUGUGUAAGUAGCAUAGAAUUUCUAAAGAAAUUUGAAACUUCAGUUUGUUUAAAGGAGCGGAAGCAGACAAAUUGCGCAGUGGUAUAAAAUAUUUUAUGAACAAAUAACGCUUACUGACGGUUUGGCCGAGUGGUCUAAGUCGCCAGAUUUAGGUGCUGGUCCGAAAAGGCCUUUAAUUAUUAACUAGCUUUGAAAGAACAUGUAAUUUUUUAUUGUGUAUGAUGUAUAAUGAGGCUUUAUUAAAUAAUAAAUUUUCUGAACCAAAUGAGUAGAGUCCCGCCGUUUGCGUGGGUUAGGGUUUGAGUCUUCUUGUUUUUUUUUUGUUGAUGCAGUUGAAGCAUCUGGUGGGUUAGUUGUCGCUUGGGCCCCCGAAGUUUCUGCUUCGGUGUUUUUUCAUUCGGACUUCUAUGUUUGUGUUCAAGUUAAUGAAAUAGAUUUUUCGUAUGUGGUGAUCUUUGUUUACAUUAGUUGUAAUGUAGCUCGCCGAGCUGCCCAGCUGGACCAGCUCCAGGAUAUUUGUGGGGGUAUACACGUCCCCUAUGUUAUUAUAGGUGAUUUUAAUACGACUCUCCAUGAGAGUGAGAAGGAUGGGGGAAAUCAAUGGAAUGCCACGCAAGCGCUUAGCCUUCGUAACUUUGUCCAGCAUUUGGGCCUUCUCGAUCCUGGGUUCCAGGGGGAUCAAUUCACCUGGACUAAUAAACGAAUGGGGGCGGCCUGUGUUAGGGAGCGGCUGGAUAGAGCACUUUGCUCGCAAUCAUGGCUGGAUCAUUUUCCUGAUACCUUGGUCAAGCACUUUACGGAUCAGGGAUCGGACCAUCGGGCGCUCCUCCUCUCGGAUAAACCCUAUGUGCGAAGUUGUCGUCCGCUUUUCCUUUUUGAUGCGCGUUGGGCGGAUAAUCCUGAGGUGAAGGCCAUGGUUUCUUAUGUUUGGAAGGAAGAUGUCCAAGGCACUCCAAUGUUUGGCCUUUGGGAGCGCCUUAAGAAGCUGCGUCUUUUGUUAUAUGAUUGGAGUAGAGCUGGAACCACUAAUUCCCUGCGAAAUAUCAGAACUCUCCAGAGCGAAAUUGAGCGGCUUAAACUUAUUCACCCUAUUGAUUGGGAUGCGAUCCGUUGCCUAGAAGUUGAAUUGACUAGACAAUGGGAGGCGGAAGAAGUUUGCUGGCAGCAAAAAUCCAGAGUUCACUGGUUGAAGAAGGGAGACAAAAACACGUCGUACUUCCAUACGGUGACUAGGGCGCGUCGUAAACGGAAUUUUGUGGCAGGUUUAAGAGAUGAGGCUGGCGAGUGGAUUAUUGAUGAGAAAGGUAAGGCUGAUAUUGCUACCAAUUUCUAUGGCCAGCUUUUCACUUCUGAGAACCAGGUUCUUAAUAUGGGGGAGUGGGUUGAUGUUCUACCUAUCGCUCGUAGUGUUACCCCGGAAAUGAAUGCUGGCCUGACGGCUGCUGUCCUCCCGGAAGAGGUUCGUAAAACUGUUUUUGCGAUGGGUUCUAAGCAAGCCCCUGGCUCUGAUGGGUUCACGGGCAAGUUCUUUAAGGCCUUUUGGGGUAUUGUGGGGGAGUCAGUGGUAGACGCCGUCUGCUCGUUUUUUACGACGAGUAGGAUGCUCCGUGGCUUCAAUCACACCUGGCUCACUUUGGUCCCCAAGGUGGAUAAUGUGAAGUCUAUGAGGCAGUUGCGUUCGAUCAGUUUAUGCCAAUUUGUGUAUAAAAUUAUAACCAACAUCAUGGCUGAACGGCUAUCGGGCCUCCUACCUCAUGUUGUCUCAGCAGGCCAAAUUGCUUUCUUUCGGGAUCGCCAAAUUGUCGAGAAUAUCCUCCUGGGACAUGAGUUAAUGCAUUACUUGAAAAUCAAAAAGCAAGGUAAGAAGGGGUACAUGGCUCUUAAGGUUGACAUGGAAAAGUCCUAUGACAGAGUUGAAUGGCCGUUUCUUCUUGCGAUUUUGAACAAGAUGGGUUUUAACUCAGUUUGGCAGGGUUGGGUACUUGAAUGCCUUCGGUCCUCGUCGUUCUCGGUGCUAAUGAAUGGUACUCCGUCUGGGUUCUUCAGACCUUCGCGGGGAUUACGGCAAUGAGAUCCUUUAUCCCCUCUUCUUUUUGUGCUCUGCACAGAGGGGUUCGCUGCUCUCCUGUGUAAGGCGAUUGUGGAUAAGCGUCUGGCAGGGGUUAAGGUGGCUCCGCGUGCUCCCCGAAUCUCGCAUUUAUUCUUUGCCGAUGAUUCUUAUCUGUUCUUGUGGGGCACUCUUUAGGAAUGUGAGAAUUUGAUCACGAUAUUGAACGAAUACGAGGAACUGAGUGGGCAGCGCGUCAAUUUGGCGAAGUCGGCGGUUUGCUUUAGCAAGAAUAUUGCUCAGCCAGACCAGGAAUUCUUAGCUACGAUUCUGGGAGUUGGAGAAGUUGGGUGCAGGAUAAAUAUCUGGGGCUCCCCACUUUGAUUGCUCGUUCUAAAUUGGAGACGUUCCGUUGUCUGGAGGAGAAACUGUUAGAGAGGCUUCAGGGGUGGAAACGGAGGACUUUGUCAUGGGCUGCGAAGGAAACACUAAUUAAAUCCAUUGCCUUAGCUCUCCCGUUGCAUGUAAUAUCUUGUUUCAAGCUGCCUCUCUCGUUGUGUUGCCUAUUGGACAAGCAUGUUGCUCGCUUUUGGUGGGGGGAUGAGGAGGGACACUCGAGGAUCAGAUGGAUGGCCUGGCGAGACAUGUGUCGUAGUAAACAUGAGGGGGGAAUGGGCUUCCGCCGGUUUGAGAAUUUCAAUCAAGCUUUCUUAGCCAAGAUUGGCUGGCGUAUAUUGGAGGAGCCCCAGUCUCUUUUAGCCCAAGUCUAUAAGGGUAAGUACUUCCCAUUUGAGCACUUCCUCAAUGCUAAGGCUAGGUCGCGCCCAUCUUGGGGUUGGCAAAGCAUCUUGUAUGGGCGGAAUUUGUUGGAAAUGGGCCUUAGAUGGCAGAUUGGAAAUGGGCAAUCGGAGUCUCUGCUUCGGUCCCCAUGGAUUCCUCAGCUGCAGCUUGAUCCUCCGCGAUAUAAUCCGAUGGUUCUACCGGAGGGGGGUGAUCCUGUGGUGGCCGAUGUAAUUUGUCAGGGGGAGGGGCGUUGGUGUGAUCUCAAACUCAGUCAGUGGUUUGAUCCACCUACUUGCCGUAUUAUAAAAACUAUUCCCCUACCCCGGCAGAAUCUUGAGGAUAAACUGAUUUGGCACAA